CCUGUCGUAGGGAAAUUUCCUUUAGCAAGCUUAACACUUUCUGUUGAAAGGGAUAUUUUCAAAGAUUUUCGUUCAGAUUACGAAAGAGGCGACAAAAACGUUUUAUACGCACAGCGACUUUGAGAACGAAGAGUGAAGCAACCUAGAUGGCAUACAAAGGUAACGUUUUAGCACUUGAAGGCUCGCUUCUCUAUUCUCCGAAGCGUUCGUAUCUGGCAGUUGUUGCCAUUGACUUCGGGACAACCUAUAGUGGAUUUGCCUUUUCAUUUAUCAAAGACCAAGGAAAGGACGCCAUUUUCAUGAAUAUGGACUGGGGUAAUGAACAAGGCGCUCAAACAAGCAAAACACCAACAUGCCUGCUACUCAAACCAGACUUGGAGUUUGACUCCUUUGGUUAUGAAGCAAUAGAGAAGUAUUCCAGUCUUGGAGAUGAGAGCGAAGAGAAAGAGUAUCUAUUUUUUAAACAUUUCAAAAUGGCCCUUCACAGUGACGAGACUUUGAAUAGCAGGACUGUCAUAAGGGCAGCCAAUGGACGAUCCGUCGAAGCCAAGACAGUGUUUGCACGUUCCAUUAACUUCCUUAAAGAUGAAGCUGUUAAAGUAAUUCGUCAGAGAACCGGAGAUAACCAUUUCAACGCAGAUGAAAUCCAAUGGGUCCUGACUGUACCUGCCAUAUGGACCCCGAGAGCAAAGCAGUUUAUGCGGGAGGCAGCCUAUGAGGCUGGUGUUGGGAAACCAGAAAAUGCUGAUCAAUUAAUUAUUGCUUUGGAACCAGAAGCAGCGGCAAUUUUCUGCAUGGAGAAAAAUAUGAGUGAUUUUCUAGAAGAAUCUGGCUGCAGAUCUGUUGAUGGAGUGCUAUCCAAAAUCAACACACAUUACAUUGUUGCUGAUAUUGGAGGAGGGACACUUGAUGUAACAGUGCAUGAGAUUCAAGAUGACGGUAGAAUUAGGGAGAUCUACAAAGUCACCGGAGGUCCUCACGGUGGAAUGUAUGUAAACCAGAAGUUUGAAAGUCUAUUGGACGAGUUGUUUGGUACCCCAAUGCUUCAAAGCUAUAGAGAGCAAUUUCCAUCUGAUUGGCUCUGCUUGAUAAAUGAGUUCGAAGGGAAAAAACGAGGAAAACGUGUACUUGACAGCAGCUUGAUGACAAAUAUUCGAUUACCGAGAAGCUUCGUAUCGCAGAUUAAACGAAACAGAGGGACAGGAAUCGACCGCUAUGGAGAGAGAGAAGUCAAGAUAAAAAGUAACGAAUAUCUUUCCCUAAGCUCUGGGAUGAUGAGGAAAUUAUUCACCCCUGUUGUGGACAAAAUCAAGGAACAUUUGAAUAACCUGUUGCAAAAGCCAGAGCUAUCAAAAGUACAAAUAAUGCUCCUUGUUGGCGGCUUUGCUGAGUCGGCAUUCCUCCAAGAGGAAAUAAGAAAGGAGUUUUCCGGAAGGAACAGAAUCCUCGUCCCCCACCACGCCAGCAUUGCAGUUGCCCAGGGCGCCGUAAUCUUUGGCAAGAAGCCUACCACAAUAACCGAGAGGGUUAUGGGUACUACGUAUGGCAUUCGUUGCUUAGGUGACUUUGAAUCGGGCGUGCAUCCGGAAGAGAAGAAAACAAUCAGAGACGGCAUUUUUAAGUGCAGAGAUUUAUUUAGCUGCUUUGUUAAAGAAAAUGAAGUUGUAGAACUUGGACAGCGAAUCAAAAAAAUCUAUCACCCUUCUAAAUCCACCUCAACAAGGGUCACCGUUGCCUUUCACGUGACGACUAAUCCAAAUACUCAGUUUACCACAGAUCCUGAGGUAACUAAGAUUGGGAACAUCAGUAUUCAGACCCCUGACACCUGGAAAGGCAGAGACCGAGAUAUUGAAGUUUGCAUGUAUUUUGGUGGAACAGAAAUAACUGCCACAGCCUGGGACGUAUCCAGUGGGAAUAAUGCACAAACUAACCUGGACUUUUUCAGUCGAUCAUAGAGACUACUUAUCGGUGAACUAAGACGUCUCUUGCAGAACCACAAGAAGUUCGGGUUGAGCUGGGUAGUUUUAGCAAAUUAAAUUUUUCACAACUACAAACCUGAGAAUAUUGUGGCAGUAAGAAAAAUUUUUAUUAAACACCCCAAGUACUUUUUACGCAUUGUGACAUGUCAUAUAAAGAAAUAAUAGGAGUUAAUCAUAUUUUCAGUUAAAAGGUUUAGGUUAAAUUUGUUAUGAGAAAAUUUAGUACACAGCCUGAACAGGAGACCAAUGAUAAGUGGCAGAAGUACAGUUUCAAGACUAAACCUGUAUGUCAUAGAUAUGGACGCCGUGGCCAUAUUCGGUAUUACUGCAAAUGUAACCAAGCUAAUGAAGGUCUCCACAGGGAGAGACAGGUCCUAAAUUGUGCUACCCAACCAACUUACUGUCAAUCAGAAAGAACUUCCACUAACGAAGAAGAAAAUCAAUCAGAUACUAAGGAGACCGCACUACAACUCGAAAGUCAGGAAGCUACCACAAACAGCCCAAAUUUAUCACAGAGGACGAAGGCGACACGAACAAAUGACCAGAGUAAUGUCACACCGAGAAAACCAAACCAGAAGCCAAGAAAGGUGCGAAUGUCAAAUCAGUUAAGACAUGUCCAGUUGCGUCUCGUAAAUGAAAUAGACAAGUACCCCAGCAACCUGACUACUACGGGUAAAAUCUGUUUAUUUAAUGGUGGCCACUGGUGAACACGUUUCAGCUAUAAAACAAGUUCUGGAGGAGAUCUAAGGUGAAGUUCUUUGUUCCGCGGUUCAGACUGCGAAUGACAACCCACAACUAAGAAGAAUUAUCUUGCCGCUACACCUAUAGGAAAGUCAGUUCCCUCGUACAGAACCUUGCUUAUGAUGUCAUUCUUGGUCGCAAUUUCCUCCAAUGCAACAGAGCCAUUAGUUACCUCGAUAACAACACUAUUACUAUUACAAAAACAGAAAAUCCACAGAACCAAGAAAGUUCAACCUCAGUGCCUACAAUGGGAUCGUUUACACCUCGAGAAAAGAAUGUUGAAGCAAGAGAACACGCCUUUACCAGUUAAGGUUCUGUGAAGCCAUCUGAAAGAAAUCUGUCUCCCUGUGAUCCGAAGGACGAGAAAGUUGCGCUCCAGUCACUCUUUGAUUUAUUUUUCGUUGCUAGGUCCCUGUCCGCAACAUUUCACACCGACGUAAUUAGUAACUUCAAGUUCGUUAUCCAAAAACCACUGACAUCCUUCGUCCAGGUGUCACCAAAGAAGGUUUGGCACAAAGAUGAACCCGUCUGAUACGCCAGCCAAAAUUGAUUGUAGAACAGAAGUUGACGAAGGAUUUGAUCAAUACCGAGAAGAACCUCCAGGAGUAGAAGUACCUGAGUUUCAUGAUGUACCCAAGAAGACCAUUUAUCCUCAAAGCCUUGACUGACUUUUGACACAAGCAGAGAGUACCACAUAAUUGAUGACCAGGAAGUUAAACGGAAUCAAGAUGAUUGCUAAUGUGUUAUUUAAAGGCCCAUUUCCAUCCGAGAUCCUUUGCAGUCGUUUGUUUUUGUUUUGGAAUCGCGCUA